UGGUCACGAUAUCACAUGUCACACUGAACCUCAACGAGUAAACAAUACUGCUCCAAUAAUGGCGUUCAAAUUCGUUCUGCUCGCUACUCUGGUAGCUGCCGCCAGCGCUGGUCUGCUUCCUGUGGCUCAUCAUGGAUCGAUCGCUACGUCUCACUCCACCAUCCAGCACCAUGCUGCUCCCGCUAUCCAUCAUGUCGGAUCGGUCCACGCCGCCCCGGCUAUCUACCAGCACUCGGCCCCGGCUAUCGUCAAGACCAUUGCUCAGCCCACGAUCAUCAAGUCUGUAGAGCACCACGCUCCGGCCAACUACGAGUUCUCGUACUCCGUCCAUGACGAGCACACCGGAGACAUCAAGAGCCAGCACGAAACUCGCCACGGAGACGAAGUCCACGGACAGUACUCGCUGUUGGACUCCGACGGUCACCAGCGCAUCGUCGACUACCAUGCUGAUCAUCACACCGGAUUCAACGCCGUCGUGCGCCGUGAGCCAUCGGCUGUGAAGAUCGCUCAGCCCGUGCACAAGGUGAUCGCCCAGCCCGUGCAUGUGUCCAGCUAUGCCCAUGCUCCAGUAGCUCACGCCACUGUCCAGCACCACCAUGCUGCCCCGAUCGCGCACUACGCUGCCCCGAUCGCGCACCAUGCUGCUCCGAUCGCGCACUACGCUGCCCCGAUCGCGCACCACGCUGCUCCGAUCGCGCACUCAACCUCCAGCAUCGUCCAUGGACCGAGCCAUCUGAGCCAUCAUCAUUACUAAGAAUAAUUCUAGUGGUGUAGUAAGGACUUCAGUUACAAAACAGAUAGUUUUUAAAAGCAUAAAUAAAAAGCGAUUAAAAAUUAUAGCUGUGAAUUAUUUAUUUAGAUGUCCACUCGAGACUUUUAACCAUAUCUCAAGAUGUUUAUAAUUUGAAAUCUUAUCCUUCUCAAUAAUAUUAUUUUUCGUAAGCCAUUUUCGCCUAUAGCCUCACCCAGAGUAUUUACUGUAAUGGAUUUCCAAUUGAUUUUACUUUCGUUUACCUCUACUGUUUUUUCUCAUGGCUUUUUUGUGAUUAUGUAAAAAAUCUGUUAUAUCGUAAUGAAAAACUUAAAAUGAACCUGAUUCUCGCUUUUUAUCCUGAAUACCGGAUUUGUAUUUUUUAUUCUUGUUAGCGUUUGCAUUUACAGGUAGCCUCGAAAUAUGCUGUAAGAAUUAUACGCGAAUUCGGAGAUACGCGGUUUUCUAUAUAUGACAGUUCUAUGAGUAAAUUGUAUCAUACCAAAUAAUCAGAAUCAUAAGCAAUACGGCAAAGCCGUUCCUCCUGAAUAAAAAUAAUAAUAAUGAUCAAAAUCAGAAUCGUGUCAAAUAACUAAUUUAGUGGUUA